AUGGCCACGGGCUACCAAGACCCCCCUCCCGAGGAGACGGUGGCUCUGCUGCGCCCGUCCAAGGAGCCCGGCCUGGGCGGCGAGGCGGGGGCCAAAGGCGAGCUGAGCCCGACUCCCGGCAAGGCGGCGACGGCCGGAGCCGGCGGCGGCGGCGCCUCGUCGUCGGAGAAGGGCGACCCGUCGCAGAAACCGCCCUACUCGUACGUGGCGCUGAUCGCCAUGGCCAUCCGCGAGAGCGCCGAGAAGCGGCUGACGCUGUCGGGCAUCUACCAGUACAUCAUCGGCAAGUUCCCCUUCUACGAGAAGAACAAGAAGGGCUGGCAGAACAGCAUCCGCCACAACCUGAGCCUCAACGAGUGCUUCAUCAAGGUGCCGCGAGAGGGCGGCGGGGAGCGCAAAGGCAACUACUGGACCCUCGACCCGGCCUGCGAGGACAUGUUCGAGAAGGGCAACUACCGCCGCCGGCGCCGCAUGAAGCGCCCCUUCCGCCCGCCCGCCGCCCACUUCCAGCCCGGCAAGAGCCUCUUCGGCGGCGCCGCCGACUACGGCUACCUCGCCGCGCCGCCCGCCAAGUACCUGCAGGCGCCCUUCCUCAACGCCGCCGCCUCCUGGUCCCUGGCCCAGGCCGCCUCCGCCGGCAGCCCCGCGCCCCAGGCGGCGCCCAACGGGGCGGCCGGCCUGCAGUUCGCCUGCGCCCGCCAGCCGCCCGAGCUGGCCAUGAUGCACUGCUCCUACUGGGACCACGACAGCAAGCACGGCGCCCUCCACGCCCGCAUAGACCUCUGA